CAGAAGAGAGGGCGGGCACACCAUCUGUCUGUUUGCUUUUCCAAUUUCACAAAUUUAAGCAAAAUAAUUAAAAAUAUAGUAAAAUGUCGCUAGCGGACGAACUUUUGGCCGAUCUCGAGGAGGACAAUGACGACAAUGAGCAGGAUGAGGAUGAUGCGGAGAUGGGCAACGCCGAGGAAGAGAACCUCCUGGCCGAGAAGCUCUCCAAGCCGGCUCCCAAUCUGAUGGAAGUGGACGUCACAGUCCAAUCGGUGCGGGAACUUUGCAAGUUGCGCGACUCGGAGCGCCUGAGGAAUAUCCUGCAGCAGAUCGAGCACUAUGCCAGCCGCCAGCGUACUGCCGCCGAAAUGCUAGGCUCUGUGGAAUCCGAUCCAGAGUAUUGUCUCAUUGUAGAUGCGAACGCCAUUGCGGUGGACAUUGAUAAUGAGAUCUCCAUAGUACACAAGUUUGCCAAGGAGAAGUACCAGAAGCGUUUUCCGGAACUAGACUCUCUGAUUGUCGGUGAGAUUGAGUAUUUGCUGGCUGUCAAGGAGCUGGGCAACGAUCUGGAUCAGGUGAAGAACAAUGAGAAGCUUCAGGCCAUUCUCACGCAGGCCACAAUUAUGAUUGUGUCCGUCACAGCGUCAACAACACAGGGCACCAUGUUGACGCCGGCGGAAAAGGCCAAGAUUGAUGAGGCCUGUGAAAUGGCCAUCGAGCUGAACAACUUCAAGUCCAAGAUCUAUGAAUACGUGGAGAGUCGCAUGACCUUCAUAGCGCCCAAUCUUUCGAUGAUUGUUGGCGCCUCCACAGCUGCUAAGCUUCUGGGCAUUGCUGGUGGCUUGUCUAAGCUCUCCAAAAUGCCCGCUUGCAAUGUCCAGGUUUUGGGUUCUCAAAAGAAGACCCUUUCAGGCUUCUCACAGACACAGAUGUUACCACACACGGGUUACGUUUACUACUCACAGAUUGUCCAGGACACGGCUCCAGAUCUGCGACGAAAAGCAGCACGAUUAGUGGCUGCCAAAUCGGUGCUGGCUGCACGCGUGGAUGCUUGUCACGAGAGUGUCCAUGGGGAGAUUGGAUUGCGGUUCAAAGAGGACAUUGAGAAGAAGCUGGACAAACUGCAGGAGCCUCCGCCGGUGAAGUUCAUCAAGCCGCUGCCAAAGCCCAUCGAGGGGAGCAAGAAGAAACGAGGAGGCAAGCGUGUGCGCAAAAUGAAGGAACGAUAUGCCCUGACCGAGUUCCGCAAGCAGGCAAAUCGCAUGAAUUUCGGCGAUAUCGAGGAGGAUGCUUAUCAAGGAGACUUGGGCUACUCGAGGGGAACAAUUGGCAAAACUGGCACUGGACGGAUCCGUUUGCCUCAGGUGGAUGAGAAGACUAAGGUUCGCAUUAGCAAGACACUGCACAAGAAUCUGCAGAAGCAACAGGUUUACGGAGGAAAUACCACGGUUAAGCGACAGAUUUCCGGAACAGCCUCGAGUGUGGCAUUCACGCCAUUGCAGGGUCUGGAAAUUGUGAAUCCACAGGCGGCGGAACGAUCGCAGACCGAGGCCAAUGCCAAAUACUUUUCCAACACCUCCGGAUUUCUGUCCGUGGGACAUCGGACCACUUAGGCCAAGCAAGCUAUCUUCUUUUACCUAUAAAAUUAAGCACUUUUAUUUGGAGAUUUGUCGAAUGUAGUAGUAAAAGCUGCAAUAAAGCUUGAAGAGAGA